UUUGUUAAAAGUUAUUUGAGUUUACUCUGUAAUUCAUGUAUAUUGUGUUAUAUUUACGGCUUACACAUAUUCAUAUCAAUUUUUAUUUUUGUUCUCAUGAAAUAUAUUUAAGACCAAACUGUUGCACGCACCAUGAGUUUACAUAAAGCCAGGAUAAAAGCUUUUGAAGAAAUACUCGACCAAGAAGUAAUAGAUAUUGUUCAAUUGAGGAAACUUGCAUUCAAUGGUGUCCCGGAUGAUAAAGGAUUACGUUCCAUUGUGUGGAAAAUACUACUGCAUUAUUUACCACACGAGAAAAGUGCACGAGAGGUAACCCUUAUCAAGAAGAGGCAGCUUUACAAGCAAUUUAUUGAUGAAAUUAUAGUAUCGCCCGGUGGUCCGAGUGACCAUCCCUUGAACAUCAGUCCAGAUAGUUCUUGGAGUACUUACUUCAAAGACAAUGAAGUGUUGCUGCAAAUCGAUAAAGAUGUCCGUAGAUUGUGCCCUGAUAUAUCGUUCUUUCAAUCUGCCACAGAAUUCCCUUGUCCAGAGAUAGUUAAUAGUAAUGGAGUUAAACGACUUCAUAAGAGGGUGGAGCGAUCCGUAUUGAAGUAUUCAACUUUGGAGCGACGAGGACUCGGCGUUUCAAAGUUAAGCAACGAGAUCAGACGUUCGGACAUAUCUGGCGGAGACUACGUGCCAUUGAACGAAGGAUGUGAAGCGCACUGGGAGGUCGUGGAACGGAUGUUGUUUCUCUACGCGAAGCUGAACCCCGGUCAGGGUUAUGUGCAGGGGAUGAACGAGAUCAUAGGCCCUAUUUACCACACUUUUGCCAUAGAUUCUGAUAAAGAAUACCGGCAGCAUGCAGAAGCGGAUUGUUUUUUCUGCUUCACCAACCUGAUGUCGGAGAUUCGUGACUUCUUCAUACGUACAUUGGAUGAAACGGAAAGCGGUAUCAAUUACAUGAUGGGCAAAUUGUGCGAGUGUGUAAAGAAAAACGACCCCUCUAUAUGGGAUCAGCUGGAGUCGCAGGAGUUACGACCCCAGUAUUACAGCUUCAGGUGGCUAACACUGUUGCUUUCUCAAGAGUUUUCACUGCCUGACGUCGAAAGGAUUUGGGAUUCAUUAUUUGCUGACAAGCAGCGAUUUAAUUUUCUCAUAUACAUCUGCUGUGCCAUGAUUUUAUUAGUAAGGGACAACUUGCUUAGCGGCGACUUCGCGUCAAAUGUGAAGUUAUUGCAAAAUUUCCCGCCAAUGGACGUAUCCUUAAUUCUGAAUAAAGCCGUGGAAAUAUCCAAUAGAUAAUUACUAUUGUAACGGUUUGGUACAUUUCUGUUUAUGUAUUUCAAUGUAAUAAGAUUUUUUAUCAAUUUGUAUAAGCUUUAUAUAGAUAUGUUAAGUAUUUUACUAUUUUAUACAAGUAUAACCAUCUUUUGAUACAUUUAUUUCUCUAAAUUAGUAUAGGUGUGUAUAAAAUUAUAACUAACAAACGAAUAUUUUCAUGUAGUUUAGGUACUACGGUUGAAGACAUUGUUUCUGUAAUUUCCAACUGCAGUAGUCGUCUACAUAGUUACCCCCGUUAACUUUUGCCGCCAAGCUGUUUGCUUUAUAAUCUGUAUUACUGUUUGUAUUGACAGAUAAGGCAGUAAAGGUACAAUAUACAGAUGAAUUUUCAGGUUCGACUGACGUAAAAAUAAGUAUUUGAAGAUUAUUGUCAAUGUUUCUACAGCUUGUAAGGUAAUACAACAGGCAUACGGCGCUCUACAUAUCCAAAAUAAUGUUCAAAUGUUGAUAAAUCUCUGUUGGCAAAAUAGUUGACUGCGAAUAAAUGCAUCAAUGUGUUAAGUCCGCCAUUUGCACUUUUAUUUAUAUAAUUGUGCAUUGACGUUUUAAUAUAUAAAUAAAAAAAGAUUUUUUCGUAAUAAUUAUAUGUUUGACUCGUUGCGAUGGGGGCAUCCACAAUGUUUGUUAGCAUCUUUUGACGACCGGUAUACCUUCAGAGAAAUCUAUAUACCUACCAACAUACAUAAACGAACUCUGAUAGUAAUAAUAUAAGCAGAUAGACAGCAAUAACAGUAUUGUGAAACGCUGUGUAAUAAAUAGCCAUUCAUUAUUUUUAUACCUAGAUUGUUACAAAGGCACUUAAAUAAUGUUAUAAUUGUAGGAAUUUUAAGAUAGGCUUAAUUUCACUGUUACCAACAUAUAGAUAUGUAUAUAUUUUUUAUUCAAAUAACUUAGAUUCAGAUCCUAAGUUAUCUGAAUAAAAUAUAUUAAAAUUAUAACAGCUUGGUUCUCUAGUAUAGAACUGUAUGAGGCACCAGGGUCAUCACAUGUCGUUGGUGCUGUUUAUGAAAUAUAAGAAUGACGAUUGUCAUAAACCAAAUGACUGUAUUCUGAGGAAUUUUUCGACAUGAUGCCGACGACCACCUUUUACCACCGCACCGCUCGCCAUCGACAGGGAAUUCAUCCCCACACGCUGAAACCUAAGUGGUCCCGAACAAUGCGGUUUCAGAGGAGCUUCCUCCCGCGUAAGCUUAGAUUGUGGAAUGAACUUCCUGCCGAGGUUUUCCCACGAGACUACAGCAUGGGGUUUUUCAAGACGGUUUUAUUAAGUUUUCUUAAGGGUCGGUAACGCGCACGUGGUACCCCUGGUGUUUCAGGCGUUCAUAGGCUACGGUAACCAUUUACCAUUAUAUGGGCUGUAUGCUUGUUUGCCACCUAUGUGGUAUAAAAAAACCAUUAUAAGGACCGUUAUCAGUUAUAUAAUAAAUAUAUGCCUUCACAUUCAUUCCUAUAUUGACUAGGGAAUGUUAUGUUUUUUACAUAUUGUUGUAUUUGUUUUGUGAUACAUUUAAAUUUAAUUUAAAUUGAGAAAUUAUAUUGACAUUCCGUUAUAAUGUUAAAAAAUGAAAUAUAUUCGAAUAUAUCUUUCUUUACGGGAAUUUCGGGGAACUGCAACAUAAUUUUUGUGUUAAGAUCUGUUAGUACAGUAUUACAAUACGAAUAUUUGGACCACAAAUGUACAUAGUGCAAUGGAUGUUUGAGAGGUGGGCAUCGUGGGCCGCACGCCAUCAAUAUAUAUAUCGCAAUGUCUGGAUUACCCAAAUCCAGACGCGUGUUUGGUUUAACAUAUUACUAACAACAUUUAGAUUAUACAGUGUAACCUGGUUAAUUGGGAUCUCAAAGGACCAAGAAUUAAGUACCAAUUAUAAGGUUUCCAUUAAGCCAGUUUUCGAAUUAAGCAGCUUUAAUGUUAUAGUUGUCUGAUUUCAAAGGCUCCGCUUAUAGAGGUCGAAAUGUACCGUUCUUCCAUUUUCAGAGAUGGAAAACCCCGAAGUUGUACUGACAAACAAAGCAUGUGAAAAAGACAUUCAAAUGUAUGUAAACAAACGAGUCAAAACCUGUCCUAAUCUGAUUAACUUGUCUCACUUAUACAGGGAAUUGAGCUACCUAGAAUUAUA